AUGCCGAUGAUCGCCUUGUUGUGUAACAACGCACAGGUAGCUCAAUCUACUCUUGGCGAUCGAGGUAUUCGGAUGUGGUAUGUGUUAUGNCCAAGUCCGAUUCCAGAUAACGAGAAGUCGCAUCUACCCGUGAGCAAAUCAAGUCAUUGUAUCACAUUCCGAUUCGACAACGGUACUUACUUGACCAUUCGAACCAGUGGAACGGAACCAAAGAUUAAAUUCUACUCAGAAAUGCGUUCGGAUCCGAGCAGCAAUCGGUCUGAAGAAUCUUUGGUGACUGAGUUGCAAGAACUGAUUGACCAAAUGGUGGAACAGUUUUACGAGCCACAGAAAAACGGUUUCACUCCACGUGCUUCUUAA